AUGGAGUUUCACAGCAGUCGCAAGGAACCAGUCCCCGAGCCCUGGAAUCACCGAAAGACCCUGGAGGUAGGUGGCAUGUUAAAGGAGCUCCAAGGUGAGACAAAUGAGAAGAUACACAAAUCACAUUUCACAAAAGAGGAUUUGAAGUAAGGCUUUAAAAAGUAUAGUAAAGAAGCUAGGCAACAACAACAUUGUGGACUUUAUAUCUUCCCCUUUCUGCAUAACCAUACUGUAGACAAAACUGGGUAACUUGUGCUCCAAACUUCUUCACAGGUGUUGAAUAAAAAUGUAGUUAUUUAAAUAAAUAGGUCCUUUUGUUGCACUUUUUUAAAAUAAGUAAACAAGGCUAAGAGUACAACUGGCUGAGUGUUUUUACAUGGCUGUGUUUUUAUGUUGGGUCCUGUGAACAGAGGGAGCUGAAGGCCCUGUGGGGAUACACACACACACACUCACACACACAACCUCAGACGCAUACAUGCCAAUCUCUGUCUGUCAGCUCUGUGCUCAUAAUCACAUCCUAUCCCCUCGUGUUCCCGUACACACAACCCCCCUGCCUCGCUUCAUCGUACAGGGAAAGAAAUGAGCGAUCCCUCCAAACGCUCUCCAAGAUUAAGGCUUUGUGUUUUACAUGUGUUAUCGUUGCUUCCCUUCGUUAUCCCCCUGCUUUUGUCUCAGCCUCCUCCUCUAAUUAGAAUCUUGUCCCUUUCAUUCCUCCGCGCGCCUUCCUUACACCUGUGAGAGCGCGGAGAAGAAGACGCACGGAAAGAGAAGAAGAAGGAUGAGAAAGGAACGAGGAGAGGAAAGAUGAAACGCGCACCACACGGAGCGAGUGGCGGAGCGUUGUGGAAUGCUGCGUCUGAGGGGAGGAUGAAGGCGCUUGUCACGUCUCAUCACACAAGCGUGCGCACACACACUUAGACACACACACACACACAACCUGGCUGUGGUGCAGCAGAGACACACAGUCCCGCUGAGCUGAGCUUUGAAAAGAAGAAAGUGCAAAGGGAAUGAAAAAGAAGAAAGAAGAACAAGCAAGAAGAAGCCACCGUGUUGGAUGUUUCAUUUUGACCCAUAUUUGUCCUGACGCAUAAAUCUAACAGGCGCUGAGGAGCCCAGCACAUCUGUCACGACAGGGCGGUGAAGACAAUAUCUAAGCAGAUCCAGCCGAGUGAACACAUGGCUGGUGGUGGCAUGAACCGCAAUUAGGAAGUGCAAAUAAUAAGAGUAGAGAAUAUACAAUGUUAAGACAAGUAAGCAUUGAUGCCACUUUUCUUUCUUUUUUUAAAUAGGAGCAGCUCUAACAAGCACAGGAUCAUUUCCUCUUGCUCUCCUACUUCCUUUCCUUCCCUGUGCCCUCCCCCCUCAUGUCUCCCUUCCCUUCCCUCCUUGCCUCUAGCCAGAUUCGGUGCUGGCUGUCUGUCCUCUGGCCCGCAGUGAGGCCUCCCUGGCUGUUUAUGUGCGAGGUGAGGGCAGGCUGGCAUUGCGCCGUGCGUGCGGUCAGGCCGUGUUUACAUCUGUCUGGCCCUGGAGCCCAAAGCCUGGAACCUGGAGCUGAGCGCCGGUGCAUCCUGGACGUCUCCCAGAAGACUGAAGCAGGACUCAGGGACAGAGUCUCGCUGCCUGAUGAAUGGCCCACAGUCUCGCAGAGUUGUGCACGUCCCUUUGCAUAACUGACCCCUUUUUCCUCUGUUGCUCUUAAAUCCUCUACUACUGUAGUCAGUAUCCAACUGUUCUCCUCUCUCUCCCCAGACUUCCCAGUGACUCCACAUAAGAGGAGAAUAAGGAGCUUUCAUGGACUUUCUUUCUCUGAUUGAAUGUCUACAUGUUGGUACUUAGGAUUUGCGUGUCUGAGAUAUGUUUAACACGCACUAAUCUGCCAGAAACAGCAACGAAGGGAGAGAAUUGAAUAGCGCUGGUUGUGCUACAUGACAAACAGUGUGAUCUGCCUUUUGUUUUUGAUAGCUGAUGAAUAUGCAUGCGGGCCCGGGAGUGACUGAGUUUGGGGUGGGGUGGGGGGCUCAGAAGAGCAUGUUCAACAAUGGAAUUACAUCUCUGACAUGCAUCCACCGCAAGGCUGGGAUUAAACCCAGCACAGGGGGGGAAAAAAACAGAAAAGAAGGAAGAAGGGAUAGAGAUGGAGAGUGAAGCGAUAAAGAACAGAUCCGCUGCUUAUCUAUUGAAGAAAUGGAGGCCUCGGGGAGAAAAAGGGGAGGAAGGAGAUGAGGAGGGAGGUAGUGUUGUGAGGAGUGGGGAAGAGAGGGAGGGAGGGGAUGGGUCGUCAAUCCGAUGUAUUUAAUUUCUUUUGCUGUUAGUGAAUCAUCAAGGGGAUGAUCCAACAGCGGAUCAAAAGAACGAGCAGUGGAACGGGAAAAAAGCAGAUUAAUGCCGCAGAACAAAGGAGCAGUCCCUCCAAGAUGAUCGCAACUUCUUCCCUCCUCCUGCUCUUGCCUUUCUAUCUUUUUUUCUGUUUUCCUCCACAGAAAACUUUCAUAAACGCUAUGAAGACAUGAAAGCAGCGACAGGAGUUUAUAAUGCAACAGGAACUAGGCUUGACACCUGGGUGUUCACAUCCUACCUGACAUCUCCAGAAUAUUCCUGA